AUGAACCAGAAACGCAAAGCUUCAGUCAUCCGCCAGGAUUCCGCAGACAACAACACCUCCACAAGCCCAGCCAAAAGGCAGAGAAAUGAAGACCAAGCCCUCGACAUCGACACAUCUCGUCCCACUGCAAUCUUUAAACCCACCAAAGGCCGAGACUGGACCGUCAGCAUCGCCCUGCCCGGUAGUUGGACCCUCAAUGCCAAAAAACCCGAUCACAAGACCAUGCAAGUAGGUCGGAUCGCGCGCGCGGCCGCCGUCUUCUCCGUCGAUGAAAUCGUAGUCUACGAUGACGACCCUUGCAACAUUGACCCCAAAGUUGUGUCUGAAAAAUACACGCGUGCAAAAGGAGGCCGUGGCAAACAGCAGAAAAAGUCCAAACAAGAGAUUCUCGACUCGAUUGCCGAGGAAGAUGAGCUGUGGCAGAAUCCAGAUCAAUUUCUCUACCAUUUGCUGGCGUUUGCAGAGUGUCCGCCACAUCUGAGAUACGAUCGCGACCAACCAGGGCUGAGUUUGUUCAAGGAGCAUCAGAAUCUGAAGUGGACGGGGUGUCUGCCGAGUAUGGACAUGCCGCAUCAUUUGCGAAGUCACGAAUGGUGUCAGUACCGUGAGGGUGUGGUAGUCGGUCCUGCGCCAGCACCCACGCCCUCUUCAACAGCGAAGAGCAGUAAAAAGGCAAAAAUGGCGGGAGACGGAGGAUUGGAAUACGCAUACGUCAAAUGCGGUCUACCGUACCCAGUCCGCGUCCCCAUUCCGCCUGAGUCGCCCAUCGAAGAAGGCAUGCGCACCACCGUCCGCUUCACUAACGCCACCGAACCCCCAUCAUGGCCCCACCUCUCUCCCGAAGCCUGUACCAACCUCUCCGCAACAGCCUGCCCGUCUAGUACCCCCCGGGAAGAAUCAGGCUACUACUGGGGCUACACCGUGCGCCGCGCACCCUCCCUCAGUGCCGUCUUCUCAGAAUGCGAGUACCCAGCUGGCUACGACUACACAAUCGGCACCUCGGAGCGCGGCGUCCCCGUCCACUCCAUCCUCCCCGGCGGCGCAAAACCCUGUCCUACGACCAGGGCGCCCGCGUCGUUUAACCACCUGCUCAUUGUGUUUGGCGGCGUAGCAGGCAUCGAGCCCGCCGUUGCGAAUGAUCCAGAACUGGUGGCCAAGGGACUGGGCAAGGCGACCGCGCACGAGCUAUUUGAUGCGUGGGUGAAUCUUGUGCCGGGCCAGGGGAGUCGCACGAUUCGCACAGAAGAGGCGGUCGAGUUUGGGCUGUGUGCGUUGAAGCCAUGGGUGGAUGGGCUGUAUGAGAAGGAGUGA